AUGAUGUCCCACCUGGCCCCCCUUUCAGACUGCCGCCGGGUGCUGUCGUUCCCGCCCAAGACACCCGACUGCUCCGUUCUCAAGCGCAUCGGAGAGCUCUUCCAGACCCAUCAACGAAAGGCCACGCGUGCAUACCUCCACGCUGAGGAGGACGUUCAGGCGGCGCUCAACCCCGCGGGCUUCAAGGUGACCAAGAGGGAGAUGACCGCCACCUCAUUCUAUUUCAGCCGCCUGCUGGAGGCCGUUCGCAGCUAA